CUCUCUAUAUGCACAUAUAUGUUUGACGGUGUAGAUAUGUUUUUAGUGCGCUUAAGGCAUUUAUAUGGUUAAUGGAGUUUGGCUGGGGCUCUCUUUUCUCAUCCUCUGUUUAUUUUUCUGGCUUCUGUUCCAUUUUCAGUUUUGUUGGUGGAAAUUUGAAAUAUUUUAAUUUCGUUCUGGUUUCUGGGUUUCAAGAUUGUUUCCGAAGUCAAACCACUUAAAAAUCGUUGCCAUUUAGUCUUUCUUCUGGAUGAGCAAGUCUCGAUCGGGUUCUCAAUGCAGGUAGGGCUUUUUUCUUGUGGUCUGUGGGCAUGAGUCCUGCUGAUUUGCAAGAUAUUUUCUAGUGGACUGGAUUAGUUUGCUUGAUGGGCUGCUAUCAGUCAAAGAAAGCUAAAUCACCAGGUUACGAUGAUCCUUCAAUUCUUUCUGCUGAAACACCCUUUACUGUCAAUGAAGUGGAGGCCUUACAUGAGCUUUUUAAGAAAUUGAGCAGUUCAAUUAUUGAUGAUGGGCUCAUUCACAAGGAAGAAUUCCUGCUUGCACUCUUCAGGAAUAGGAAUAAAAGAAAUCUCUUUGCAGACAGGGUUUUCGAUGUAUUUGAUGUGAAGCGCAAUGGGGUUAUUGAGUUUGGAGAAUUUGUUCGAUCAUUGGGUGUCUUUCAUCCAAAUACACCUACAGAAGACAAAAUCGCAUUUACUUUCAAAUUAUAUGACCUGAGGCAAACUGGGUAUAUUGAAAGAGAGGAGUUGAAGGACAUGGUUGUGGCGCUUUUGCAAGAAUCAGAUUUGGUACUUUCAGAUGAUGUUAUUGAAAUAAUCGUGCAUAAGACAUUUAGUGAAGCAGAUGCAAAAGGUGAUGGAAGAAUUGACCAAGAAGAGUGGAAGGAAUUUGUGUUGAAGAAUCCGUCUCUAAUAAAGAACAUGACUCUCCCCUAUUUAAAGGAUAUAACCGUAACUUUCCCGAGUUUUGUGCUAACUUCAGAAGCUGAAGAUUCAGAAAUAUGAUGCUUAAAACUUCAGAAAGGAGGAAUCAACAAUCUCGUGUCCGAUGGCGAAAUAUUUUGAUUUCCUGUUCUUUGAUGAAACGUGAACGUACGUUGGACAAAAUCAUGUUUAAGACUAUAACCCCAGUUCAAAAACUGGAAGAAGAGUAGUUAAUCGCAUGAAGAAGAGCCAACAACUAGGACUCUUUCAACAAAGCUGUAAUUCUCAUUGCUAUCUUUGAAAAUUUAUUUGUGUUUUCGAAUGCAAAGUUGAUACCAAUAAAUUGUAUGAACCAAGAUCUUGUGCCUAGAGUUCUUGUCCAAACUCUAGUGCCUAGAGUGAGGGAGAGAUGGACAUAAAGGGAGUCCAGAACUUUAGGGGAUUCAAAUCCAAAUUAUAUACUGUAAAUUGCGUGUUUUCUAUGUUU